GGAGGAGGAGCCUGAUUGGUUCGCGUCGUCCGUGACGCGGGAGCUUCGCUUGGCCGACGAAGAGGCGCUCUUUCCCGCCCCGGGUCCUACGCGGGGCCCCGGCUUGCGGCCUCGGCGGAAGGGAAAAAAAAUGUCCCUCUAUGAUGAUCUGGGAGUAGAAACCAGUGAUUCCAAAACAGAAGGCUGGUCCAAGAAUUUCAAACUUCUGCAGUCGCAGCUGCAAGUGAAGAAAGCCGCCCUAACUCAAGCAAAGAGUCAGAGGACAAAACAAAGCACAGUCCUUGCUCCUGUGAUUGACCUGAAACGAGGCAAUGCUUCUGAUGAGCGCCAGAUCGUAGACACCCCACCCCAUGUGGCUGCUGGCUUGAAGGACCCUGUUCCCAGUGGCUUUUCAGCAGGAGAUGUAUUGAUUCCUUUAGCCGAUGAGUAUGAUCCGAUGUUCCCGAAUGAUUACGAGAAAGUAGUUAAACGCCAGCGAGAGGAACGACAAAGGCAGCGUGAGCUGGAGAGGCAGAAAGAGAUUGAAGAAAGAGAGAAGCGGCGCAAAGACAGACACGAGGCAAGUGGAUUUUCCAGACGGCCAGAUCCAGAUUCGGAUGAAGAUGAAGAUUAUGAAAGGGAGAGGCGGAAACGAAGCAUGGGAGGAGCUGCCAUCGCGCCACCUACCUCUCUGGUGGAGAAGGACAAAGAACCUGUCUCCACAUUUCCGUACGAAGAGGAGGCAAGGCCUCGUGGUUCAUCUUCCAAGGCUGCCAUCCCGCCCCCGAUGUAUGAUGAGCCGGAGAGGCCUCGUUCCCCAACAGGGCCCAGCAAUUCCUUUCUUGCAAACAUGGGAGGCACAGUGGCGCACAAGAUCAUGCAGAAAUACGGCUUCCGAGAGGGCCAGGGACUGGGGAAGCACGAGCAGGGGCUGAGCACCGCCCUGUCAGUAGAGAAAACCAGCAAGAGGGGUGGAAAGAUCAUUAUUGGCGAUGCUGCCGAUAAAGCAGAUGCAUCCAAGAAGUCAGAUUCAAACCCUUUAACAGAAAUACUGAAAUGCCCAACCAAAGUCGUCUUAUUGCGGAAUAUGGUUGGAGCUGGGGAGGUUGAUGAAGACCUUGAAGGUGAAACAAAAGAAGAAUGUGAAAAAUACGGCAAAGUUGGGAAGUGUGUGAUUUUUGAGAUUCCUGGCGCUCCUGAUGAUGAAGCUGUGAGGAUAUUUUUAGAGUUUGAAAGAGUAGAAUCUGCAAUUAAAGCGGUCGUUGACCUGAAUGGAAGAUACUUCGGAGGACGAGUGGUGAAGGCGUGUUUCUACAACCUGGACAAAUUCCGAGUCUUAGACCUUGCAGAACAAGUCUGAUCUUCUGCCUGAAGGCCAGACCCAGACACAUCACCAUCCGGCACCUCACAGUUUUCAGCUGCAUGUUGAGAGCAGAAGAAGAGGCAAGGUGGCGUCUUUUCUAGCAAACUGGAAAUAAUUCUUGAAUGGCCUUUACUUACUCUUUGUGAUGGACACACUUUAUUUGUAUUUCUAUUGUAGUAUAAAAUUCCUUAAAGGUA